UUGAUUCCUAGUAGCCUACCUGUUACACCAAGUAUGAAUUUUAGGCUAAACUCUAGACAUAUAUCAUCGGAUUGAAUUCAAAUACGCAAGACGUAGCCUAUGUACCGCUUUAAUAUUAAGAGAUAAAUGCAAUAUUAGCAGUGCUGCGUUGGCAUACGCUUACGCAUCGAGGUUAUGGCUCGGGAACCUGCUGAGCAUCGUGUGCUUCAAUAUCAGCAAACUUUGAUGUAUGGGAGAUACACCCAGGAGCUGGGCGCCUAUGCUAAAGAGGAGGCGGCGCGCCUGCGGGAGGACUCUGGCCUGCGCCGCUCGGCCAGCGUGCGUGGACAGACCCCGGAGCCGCUCGAGGACGAGAAGGACGCGUGCACCAAGUGCCAUGACUGCGCCACGCGCUGCAGGAAGUUCCUGAUCUCGCGGGUGGGGGAGGACUGGAUCUUCCUCAUCCUGCUCGGCCUGCUGAUGGCGCUGGUGAGCUGGGCCAUGGACUACACCAUCGCCUUCUGCCAGCAAGCCCAGAAGUGGAUGUACGGGGGACUGGACAGCAACAUGCUGCUGCAGUACCUGGCCUGGGUGACCUACCCCGUGGUCCUCAUCACCUUCUCGGCAGGCUUCACGCAGAUCCUGGCUCCGCAGGCAGUGGGUUCAGGGAUCCCCGAGAUGAAGACUAUCCUGAGAGGCGUAGUGCUGAAGGAAUACUUGACCUUUAAAACCUUUGUGGCCAAAGUCAUCGGGCUCACCUGUGCCCUGGGCAGUGGCAUGCCCCUGGGGAAGGAGGGGCCGUUUGUUCAUGUGGCCAGCCUGUGUGCUGCUCUGCUGAGCAAGUUCAUGGCCUUGUUUGGAGGGAUCUAUAUGAACGAGCUGAGGAACACGGAGAUGUUGUCGGCCGCCUGUGCUGUCGGUGUGGGCUGCUGUUUCGCCGCACCGAUCGGAGGUGUGCUCUUCAGCAUCGAGGUGACGUCCACCUUCUUUGCGGUGAGGAAUUACUGGAGAGGCUUCUUCGCCGCCACCUUCAGUGCCUUCAUCUUCCGAGUGCUGGCCGUGUGGAACCAGGAUGAGGAGACAAUUACUGCUCUCUUUAAAACACGUUUCCGCCUCGACUUCCCCUUUGACCUCCAGGAGCUUCCAGCCUUCGCUGUCCUUGGGAUUGCCAGUGGCUUUGGCGGUGCUCUGUUUGUUUACCUGAACCGAAUAAUUGUUGAAUCCAUGAGGAAGCAGAAAACUAUCAACAAGUUUUUACUGAAGAAGCGGCUGGUGUACCCUGCUCUGGUCACCCUGCUGGUGUCCACUCUCACCUUCCCUCCAGGGUUUGGGCAGUUCAUGGCUGGGCAGUUAACUCAGCACGAGUCUCUGGUGGCACUCUUUGACAACCGCACCUGGUACAAGCAGGGAGUAGCCGAGGAGUUUGACUUCCAGCCUGAGGCCUGGAAACACCCCCAGCUCAAUGUCUUCGUCACUCUCCUCCUCUUCGUCAUCAUGAAAUUUUGGAUGUCAGCGGUGGCAACCACCAUGCCAGUUCCCUGUGGAGCCUUCAUGCCAGUCUUCCUCAUAGGAGCUGCAUUUGGACGUCUCGUUGGAGAGAGCAUGGCAGCCGUUUUUCCCGACGGCAUAACCGCUGACGGCACCGUGUAUCCCAUAGUACCUGGCGGCUAUGCAGUUGUAGGUGCGGCGGCUCUUUCUGGGGCUGUCACACACACCGUGUCGACGGCGGUGAUCGUGUUCGAGCUGACCGGUCAGAUUUCCCACAUCCUGCCCGUGAUGAUCGCCGUGAUCCUGGCCAACGCCGUGGCGCAAAGCCUGCAGCCCUCGCUCUACGACUCCAUCAUCCGCAUCCAGAAGCUGCCCUACCUCCCCGAGCUGGGCUGGGGGCAGGAGAAGUAUAACAUCAGAGUAGAGGACAUCAUGUUGCGGGACGUGCGUCACAUCACUCUCACCUCCACCUAUCGCGACGUCCAGGAUGCCCUGAGCACAGCCCAGCUCAAAACACUGGCCUUGGUGGAGUCCAAUGAGUCCAUGAUACUGCUGGGCUCCAUCGAGCGCUCCCAGCUCCAGUCCCUGCUCUCCAUGCAGCUGGGUCGCGCUCGGCGACUGGAGUUCCUGCGCGAGCGGGCCCAGGACAACGGCGCCCCCCUCCCCACGCUGAUGGGACAGGACAGCCCGCCCAGGGGGGGCCGUGGGGUCCGGUUCCUGAUCUCCACUGAAGAGUCGUCCUAUAGCCCAACUGUCUCCAACUCUCAGAUUCCCCUGAAGUCUGCGCUGAAGACAGUGUCUGCUGUCGGCAACACAGACACACCCAACAGCUCCCAAACGCUGUCCUGCGAGGACCCCGAGCAGGAGCUGGUGGAGAGCAAAGCUCGGGCCGUGGCUCGUAAGAGCAGGAGGCCCAGGCGAGUCAGGACCCCCUUGGCGGAUGCUCCAGAUGUGGAGGAUGACAUGACUACAGCUGAGAUUGCGGAGUGGGAGGAGAGACAGCUGGAUGAACCUGUAGACUUCAAGAACUGCAAAAUCGACCCCGCCCCUUUCCAGCUGGUGGAGCGCACCUCCUUACACAAGACCCACACCAUCUUCUCGCUGCUGGGACUGGACCAUGCUUACGUCACCAGUACGGGCCGGCUGGUGGGAGUCGUGUCUUUGAGAGAGCUGAGGAAGGCCAUCGAGGGCUCGGUGACAGUCACAGGUGUGAAAGUGCGCCCUCCGCUGGCCAGCUUCCGUGACAGCGGCACCAGCACCAGCGUGGCGGAGGUGACCGAACUGCACAAGCUGUGGAACCGGCACCGGAGCCUGCCGUUGCCACGGGAACCGAGCCCACCCGAAUUGGAGGGCCAGUCGGACUCGGCCUUGGACGGCAGCCCAGUGUUCAGCAGGGACUGCACCGAGCUGUCCACCCUACAGUCAGACGACCAAUCAGAGGUGGUGUGUGAGUCAGGCAGCCCCUCCCAGUCCCCAGAAACACUUCCAGAGUUGCCAUGUGACUAUGAUUCCGCCCACCUGGAUAUGGACCAAUCAGGGCCUGAGGAGGAGCUUUGCCCCUCCCCGUCUGAAGAGCCGCCAGAGGAAGUGUGUGAAGCAGCUGUGGCCGACACAAAGGAUCUUGUAGAAUGAUUCUAGCCUUCUCUCUCUCUCUCUCUCUCUGUCUUUCCCUCAAUGUCGAUCUCUUUCUCCACUCAUUCAUGCACACAACCAUAGGAAGACAGGGUAGUCUGGACCUAGCAGGGACUCUUGCAGGUGUGUGUGGGGGGUGGGGGCAGCACUGAUUACACCUUUAUCACCUCCAGAACCCAGAGACUUCUUCACGUCCUCUCUCCUUCUCGUGUCUGUGUGUGGGUCAAAGACAGAGAAAGCACAUGUGUGUCAGGGAUGGAGGGAGCCACAAGAGUGGUGCAAUGCCAAGGAGAGGCACAUGCAGUAUGGGGGGCAUGUGUGAGGGGGCAUGUAAAGACUGUAAUGGUGUGUGUGUGUGUGUGUGUGUGUGUGUGUGUGUGUGUGUGUGUGUGUGUGUGUGUGUGUGUGUGUGUGUCUGUGUGCAUGUGUGCGUGCAUGUGUGUAUGUGUGUGUGAGUGACUCAGCUGCAGCCAGCCCACAUACCCAUCUGGUGCUGACACUUUUAAUCUAAAUAAGAUUGUCUCUGAGAGCGAAACUACCAUUUCUCUCCCAAUAUAGCUCCUAAUAACCCAAACUGAAGGGAGAGAGGGAGGGA